AUGAUUGAAUUACCAGAUUUAUUUCAUGAAAAUCGAAUUCCUGAACUAACAUUAUCUUUAAUUCUCUAUAUACCCAUUGGCCUUUGUCUUGUACUAAUUCGUUCUGUUAUACUACUUCUCUUAUUCGUAAUUUCUUCUAUAUUUCCCAAAAAUUCAUCUUUGAAUCAACUUCUAAAUGAAGUUAUUAGCUUAAUAUUAACAUUUUCGUAUGAAAAUCAAACUGUUGGAAAUGAAGAAAAAGAUAAUAGAAGGGCAGCGAAAAUUCUUGUUGCUAAUCGAGUAUCUUUAUUCGAUGAAAUUGUUAUUCAAAGAUUUAUUUGCAAUACAAAUUGUAAAGUGGUCAAUCUAUGGAAAGAAAAUACUUGGAUUACUUGGUUAAAAUUAAAUACAAUUGAUUCAUCUCGAACACAAGAAGAUCUAUUAGAUUUAUGUAAUAAUGAAAUUCAGCAUUCUAAUUCUCAACUUAUUUUUUUGCCUGAAUAUGAAUCAACAACUGGCACUGAUGGUUUAUUAAAAUUCAAUCUUCUACCAUUUACACUUGCACAAAAACGUCAAUUAUCUGUUUUACCCAUAUGUCUUCGUACCUCUCGUGCAUUUCAAAUUCGAACUAGUGUUUUCAAUAGUCAUCCAUUUGCUGAUCUUUUUUGGUUUUUAUUUAGUCCUUAUACUAAAUUUCAUAUUAAUUUUUUACCAGUUGUUUCUCCAACAGAUUCGUCUUCCGAUGAAGUUUUUUGUGAAAAAGUACGAGAGAAUAUGUGUCGAACAAUGAAUAUAGAAAUGACCCAAUUUGAUGUACGAGAAGUAGAUGAACUUAAAAAACGACCAGAUCUUUUGCAACGUCGACAUGAGCAACGCCGAGCUGAAUUUCAACAAAUGAUUCAGCUUGUUCAUCAACAAGUACCUGUUGCAUCAGUAGAAGCUAUUCGAUAUGACCUUGAAACGACAAAAAAUGUUCAAAAAACAAUUGCAAAUUUAAAUGAACGUGUUGCUGCUGCAGCUCGAGCAGCCAAUAAAUCAUCAUCAUCAACAACUACUACAUCUACAGGUGCAAUGACAAAUUCUUCCGGUGGCAAUGGUCAUCGUCAAACAUACGAACGAUUAAAACAAGAAUUAAUUGAAAAAAAUCGGCAAUUAUUUUUGAAUAAAAACUGUAAUUAA